UGCUCAUUGUAUGUUUAUAACAUGGAAAAGCAAAUUCCAAUUAGAAUUCGAUGUUUGGAAAAAACAAGACAGGACUUGUAUUUUUGGAAUUUCGUGGUAUAUAAUCGGUAUUUCGCACAGCCAAACGGACCCACAAUGGUAUUUGCGUCCAGGCGAACUGUCAUUUUGCAUCGCUGGCGGCGCGGACACACUGGUCCUCGCACCGAAAUCGCACCGAACUCGAACUCUCUCUAAACGCGCUCUGAGCGCAUCCAUAGCCGGAGCAGCAGUGGAGCGGAGCGGAGUGGUAACGGAACAAACGAUGUCCUCGAACCCCCAGCAGUCCUCCGCCGCAGUGGCCGCGGCCGUGGCCAGCUGCAAGCUGAAGCAGCAGCAGCGCCGUCGUUUGGCGGCCUUCGACUUCGACCACACGAUCGUGUCGCAGAACACGGACACCGUGGUGCGCGACCUGCUGCCCUCGGAGGUGACCAGCGCCCGAGCCAACGAGCUCAUGGAGAAUGACUGCUGGACGGAGUACAUGGCCGAGGUGUUCCGCCUGCUGCACGAGCAACAGGUGUCGGAGGCGCGUAUCAGGGACACCAUCCGUGGCAUUCCUGAAGUACCCGGAUUCGUGCGUCUGAUCAAGCACCUGGCCAAACGGCUGCACUACGACCUGAUUAUCAUCAGCGACUCAAACAGCGUCUUCAUCGACGAGUGGCUGCGGGCACACAACCUGGCCGAUUGCUUUGUGGCCGUCUUCACCAAUCCGGCGGAAUUCGAUGCCUCCGGGCGGCUGAUGGUCCGCGCUCACCACCAGCAAUCGGACUGCAAGCUGAGCGCCAGCAAUCUGUGCAAGGGCCGCGUGCUGGAGCACUUUGUCAUCGAGCAGGACCUGCGGCGCAGCAUUCGCUACGAUCACGUCUUUUACGUGGGCGACGGCAACAACGACAUCUGCCCCGUGCUGCGACAGCGGGCUUGCGACUUUGCCUGCGCCCGCAAGGGGUUCGCCAUGGAGAAGCACCUGCUCCGCAACCGCAGCAAGUUGAAGCUUCGCGCCCAGCUGUUGAUCUGGAAAAGCGGCUUUGAUCUGAUGGACCAGAUGUUGGCCUUGCCGCAGCUGAAUACCCAGUUGCAGGGCGACGGCGAUCAGCCGAAUCAGAAUCAGGAUGCUGGUGCGGAUACCGAAGUACCGGAGGUGGCACGUCGGGCGUCGGCAGUUGCCGGGCCGACCAAGUCGCCCAAUUAAGGCGGUAUAUGCUCGCAUUUGGUACCGCCACCGGCACGAGUAAGUAGAACUGGUAAUCCUCGAGUGAGAAGAUUGCCCAGCUGCAGGAUUGCCAUCGCCAUGGAAACUGAUUUUGAAACUGAUUUUUCGGAUCAAUGGACCCGUGUGUUUCUUGUAUUGGACUGUGCUGCGAUGGCAAUCAUGCGGUUCUACGGUGCCAGGAGUACUCGUGAGGGUCCCAAAUGCGCAUCGCCAAGUCCGCAUCUAUCCCGAUCCCACCAUCCCCAUCCAGUUGUUGCAUCAUGUGGUCUGGUCUGUUCUUUAUGUGAUCCGCUUGCCAUUUCGUUGCACUGACCGUGCCAAGUGGGCUAGGUGGAUCUUUAUCUGUGUGCCGGGACUUUACCUGCGAAAUAAUUUGUCGAAAUCCAAACAGUACAACUUCGGAGGUGUGCCAGGAGUCGAGGCGUCAAUUUGGGCUGCGGCUAUUAGUGUUUAUUCCAUGCGUGUAUGUAUGUAUAUUAUAACCUGUUGUAAUUGAAACUAUCGCCAACUGUAUAUGAGUGUCCAUAUUAUAUGCAUUUGAAUGUGUGUUUUGCCGUUACUGCAA